AUGUCAUUCGAUCCUGAAGGGCCAGUAGGUAAACAAGUAAAACCAAUCUUGGUUAAUGAAUUAAUAAAUCGUUUCAAUAUUCCAGAUGAAGCUGAAGAUGUUGCCGAAUAUAUGUUAGUAUUGAUCGGUGGCAACAAAGUUCCAUCAGAAAUUGUAAGCGAAGUGAAAGAAUUGAGUGACAUCCCAAUCGAUGAAAGCUUUGUCCAAAGUUUAUUCGUAGAAAUCAAGAAAGCCAUGGAGCAACAAUCUCAAGCUUCUGCUGCACCUGUUGCUCAACCUCCCGUUAACAAUACACCUCCACAACCUGCUCAAGUUCAACCACCAGUUCAACCAGCUUCUGCCCAAGUUCCUAUUCAAGCACCAACUUCAGCUUUUGCUAACACUAGCAAUGUGACAUUCAACUCAGCUGAUACUAGUAUGAACAAUGAUGAUGAUAUGCAAGAAGACCGUGUUGAUUUUUCUAUGCCUUCGAGACCAAGAGGUAAUGCAUUGAAAAGAGGUGGCGGUAGAGGUGGUAUUGGAAAAGCUUCAGCUGGACGUGGAGGAAAGAAAUCAUUUGCUACACAAAAUGCUAGUAAUUUUGAAAGGAUGAUGGGUAUGCAAGAUGUCAAUAUUAUUGAUAAUACCAAAUUUGUUAAUAAACCACCUAAAGGACGUUGUAGAAAUUUCCCAGGUUGUAACAACAAAGACUGUAGAUUCUCCCAUCCAACUAAAGUUUGUAACGCCUAUCCAAAUUGUACCAACCCACCUGGCACUUGUAACUUCUUACAUCCAGAUCAAGAUCAAGAAUUAAUGGCUAAAUUGGAAGUUAGUAAGCAAGAAUAUUUAGAUAGAAAGAAUCAAAGAAGAAACAACCAUGGCCAAGGUAGUUAUAACAAUUUCCAUCCAUUCCCACCACAACCAAUUGAAACAGGUAUUGCCAUUUGUAAAUUUGGGGUUUUAUGUUCAAAAGAUUUAUGUCCAUUUGGUCAUCCAACUCCAGCAAAUGUAGAAGCCAAAGUUAUUGAUUUGGUUUGGUGUGAAGAUGGUAAAAAUUGUAAAAACAAUAGUUGUAGAAAGGCUCAUCCAUCUCCAGGUUACUUAGCUCCACCACCACCUGAAAAACCAAGUGGUGGAUAUAAUGCCAUGGGUAAACCAAGAUUUGAACCAAGUUUAGAGCAAUGUAAAUUUGGUUUAGGUUGUACCAAGGCAAAUUGUCCAAAACGUCAUGCAACUUCAACAGUUCCUUGUAAGAAUGGUGCUGAAUGUCAAAGAAUCGAUUGUACUUUCGUACACCCUAUCAAUGAAGUUUGUAAAUUUGGAGUUAACUGUACGAACAAAGGUUGUAUGUUCCAACAUCCAGAAGGAAAAAACUUGGGAAAUAAUUCCAAUGUUUGGGUUAAAGAGAAUACCGAUCAAAGAAGCUUUGCUGUUCCUGAAGAUCAAGUCAUGGAAAAGGCUGAACAACCUUCAAUGGUAAAUUAA